AACAAAGGGCCAGGUUCCAAGUCUAGCUGGGAGCUUCCUUAAUUUUUAAUUUCCUUAUUCCUUUCAGACUGCAAUCCUUUGUGCAUGGAGCACAGUGCAAGUUACUUCUGGGUAAUCAUAUACAAGAUCAGGCUGUGAGAAGCAAAAAUCUAUGCCCUGAAUAAAGAAGUGGGAUAUAAAUGAAGUCCCAUUCCAAAAGCACUGCUCCAAACAAUAUAUCUGUACUUCCAGAACUGGUUCUUCUUAUAAGCAGCUGCACAUUCACAGUUCAGCUUGUGUGCAACCCACUGUCGAAUUUGCAGUGUGGAUAUUUAAAAGGAGCUUUGCCUUCCCUUAGGCAGUUAUCUUUGGACCACUCCAUACCUGCUGACUGCAGAUGACUAAUCCAGAAAGCCAUUUGUGUUCAGUCAACUCUUACUUGUUAUUCAAAUUGUACCUACAUUUUUGAACUGAAUACAAUAUAUAGGGAUUACAAAGAAGGAUCUGACAACCAAGUUCAGCCUUAUCUUUUUCUCCAGAUCACAAAGCCUGCCAGUGUUUUUUUAGUGGGGAAAGAACUAAACACUGCCCCUACUCAUAUUCACUCUCUUCUUAUAGAGUGGUACCUCUGCUCACGAAUGCUUCAGUUCAUGACCAAAUCGGGUCGCGAACCGAAAUUUCGGAAAAAUUUUGCCUCAGUUUGUGAACUUCGCAUCAGGUGACGACCACGAUCGCGGCCCUGUUCCCGCACAAACACGAUCGCAGUUGUGGCCAUCUUCCGAGCACGACCGCGAUCGCGGUCAUCUUCCCCGCUCGCAGUCACAGACAAACCUGUGGUCAUUUGCUGUGAAGCUUAUUGAAUAAUGGAUUCAGAGAAAGUGCAGAGCAAGCAUGGUGGCAAAAAGUAUGUGCAGAGCAGUAAUGAAGGUGACCAGGAUGUGCAGAGCAGUAAUGAAGGUGACAAGAACGUGCAGAGUAAGAAUGGUAAGAAGAAGGUUUCAAAGAAAAUAACCAUUGAAUUGAAGAAGGAAAUUGUAGAAAAGCAUGAGCGUGGUAUUCGUGUGACUGAUCUGGCCUCUGAGUACAAGAUGGCGAAGUCAACGAUCUCGACUAUUUUAAAGAGUAAAGAUGCCAUCAAAGGAGCUGAUGUGGCAAAAGGAGUAACGCUGUUUAGCAAGCAGAGGACUCAAGUGCUGGAAGAGGUGGAAAAACUUUUGUUAUUGUGGUUGAAUGAGAAACAGCUUGCAGGGGUUAGCGUUACUGAAGCGAUGAUCUGUGAAAAAGCCAGGAAAUUGCACAGUGAUUUACUGCAAAAAAAUCCCUCUACAAGUGCAGCAAGUGUUGAAUUUAAAGCCAGUAGAGGGUGGUUUGAUAAUUUCCGCAAGAGAAGUGGCAUCCUCCGUGUGAUAAGACAUGGUGCGCCUUCCAGUUCUAACAAGGCUGCUGCAGAAGUGGAGGAGAUUCUGUCCCUGGGCAAGAGUAUGGGUCUGGACGUCAAUGGUGCAGACAUAGAGGAGCUUGUUGAGGACCAUAAGGAGGAGCUGACGACGGAAGAACUUGCUGAACUCCAGAGUGAGCAGCAGAAGGCACUUGCUGAGGAGGAUUCCGCUGAGGAAGAGGAAGACAGGGAGGAGAUAGGAGUCAACCCAACUAGUGUUGAUCUAGUGGAUAUUGGCAAGGAUCAGGAAAUUAAACUGAAGCCAGGACAAGUUCUGCAUAUUGUCAAUAAACAGUAUCCAUACAUGGUGCAAUUCUCAGAGGAGAUGGGAGCAGGUGGCAGUCGGGAAGCACCGGAACCUAAAGGUAGAAAAGUGCCACAGGAUGGAUCCGAGAGCAGCAAUGUGGGAAGCAAGCAAAGAAAACGCGUAAAAAUGGACCUAGAAGACGGUACGACAUGUUACAAGCUGAAUGAGGACAGUAGUUCUGUUUCAUCGUAUGAAAGCUCUUCUGGCCAAAAGGAGCGUUUAGAAUACUGGGCUCUAGGUCUGAAGGCUUCCAUGCAAAACCCAGACAUGCAGGUCUACAAGGACGACAGGGUUGUGGUUAUAAAGGAUAAAUACCCCAAAGCUCGUUAUCACUGGUUAGUGUUGCCGUGGGAGUCCAUCUCUUCACUGAGUGCAGUAACUCAGGAGCAUCUUGAGCUGCUGGAACAUGUGCAUGCUGUCGGAGAAAGGAUGGUCCAGCAGUGCCCCGAGGAGGACAGUUUGCGCUUCAGGUUGGGCUACCACGCCAUUCCCAGCAUGAGCCACUUACACCUUCAUGUGAUCAGCCAGGAUUUUGAUUCAAAAUGGUUCAAAACCAAGAAGCACUGGAAUUCUUUUACAACGGAAUACUUCCUUGACUCCAAAGAUGUGAUUGCGAUGGUGAAGAAGAAGGGAAGAGUGUGUGUAGACAAGAGCACCCCGCAGCUCUUGAAACUGCCUCUCAGGUGUCAUGUGUGCAAACAGCAGCAACCAACGAUCCCGCAAUUAAAGGAACACCUUAAGGAGCAUUGGCCAAAAUGAAUGGGAGAGUCUGUACCCUAAUGUGUUUGCAAUAAUCCAUUUCUUUAAUUAUCGGGUUAACUUCAGUUAUGGUAUGUUGACUUCUCUAAGCUAUCUUAGUAGCUGUACAUGUUUGCGACUGUUUAAAAUUACACCUGACAGUGUGCAAAAAUGGCUGAUUUCUUAAAAACCUUUGGAUGGUGGUUACACACAGGAGACAUGUGGUGUGUAAGUGAAGCUCUUGUACAGUGAGUUGUGCAGUGCCGUUCAGUGCCCAGCCAUGGCGUGCCUGUGUGCCCCGUGAUGACGAAGCUGCUUAUAACUGAUUGACGAGCCAAAGUGAGGCCUGGUUUAAGCCACCCAUGGAAAUAUUCUUUUCGUUCCCUUGUUACACUACAUCUGUUGCACAUGGAGAUGUUGGAAUAAAAUUGAGUGGUGCACGCAUUCAAAA